AUGGCAACCUCGCCUUCAAUCUCAGGCCCUUUAGACGCCCUGCAAUCGAUCAUCAAUGACGUGCUCGUGCAAACCGGCAAGGCUUUGCGGGCGUCCCGCAGAGACUCUCAGGGGAAUCUGACGUACGCCUAUGGGCCGACGCAGGCCAAGCUGCCAGAAACCAUUGAACAUUUCCACAUGACGCUUAACGACCUCGAGUCCGAAAUUUUGAGCGCCAAGUCGGCCUUGCUUAGAGACUAUAAUGAGCUGCAGGAAAAGAAGAGGCAAAUCUUGCUGCGGCCUACUUUUCAGGUAGACGGUCAGACAAAGCGGCCACCGACAGUCGAAAUGGCCACACCGCCAGAGCCCGUCUUCAAGGACGAACCCAUGGCGGAGGACACUGAAGUCAAGCCCAUGGCGCCCUUCCCCAACAUGAGCAUUGAUCUUGCGGAGCCCGAGCCCAUGGAGGUUUCGGCCAAGGAGAUCAACGGCCAGCAACCGCAGCAGAAGCAGCAACCACCACCACCCGGCGGCAUGAACGGGUUGAACGGAACUGCCAGCCCAGGACUCGUCCCUCAGCCACCCAUCGUUGAUCAAAAACCAAUGGUCGAGAUGCAUCCCGGACCUUCUGGCGCUCCCAAUCCGCCGGCAAUGCCAGAGCCAUCCGGAAUGAACUUUACCGACAUGGAGUUUACGCUUGCGGCGCCACCGGGCAGCGAGGCUCCCGGCCAGCAGCCCAACGCUUCAAAGGAGCCAUCAUUUGACAUGACCACAUUUGCACCGGCCGAUGGUGGUGGCGACGAUCUCUUGAACCUCAACCACCUUCUGCCGAAUGACCCGAACAAUCCGCCCGGCGCGGCUCCCCAACCGCAGAUGAAGAUGGAGGAGGUGAAGGCGGACGGAGGCGCCGCCACCACCGUGAAUACGGACUUCUUUGGCCCAGGGUCCGGGGCGGCCGACGGCAUGGACUUUGACUUUAGCCUGGGCGGCUCGGGCGACGAUACCUUUGACGACCUGAUGAACAACCGCGACAGCACCUUUGAGCUGAUGGAUGCCGGCGGCGACUUUGACACGGCCUUUUUCGGGCUUGACAAGGCGGAUGAGAAUCCAGCGUGA